AUGCAUGCCGCUGCGGGGCAGCUGUCCAUUGUGCAUCCUUACCCGCCUUCGUUGUCCACGAAACCAGAAACGUAUGAUACGAUUUGCUGUUUCCAGCAGUGGGCCCCCAUUCGGGACGAUGCCAUCUACUGCGGUUGGUCGCGACGGGGCCGGGCCGGCCCCCAAGUGUUGCUGGCCCCCAGUAUUGGUUCUGGGCAUCAAGAGGCUGCCUUACCAAUACAAAAGUCUAUAUUGGAGUAUCUGACCGCUAAGAAUCCGGACAUCGACAACCGAGAGCCAGCCGAUAAAAAGAAUACAAGCCGGAACAGCUAUUUUGUUCCCAAGCAACUCAUCGAGUGGACCGAGUUCAGCUUUCAGACACUACAAGCAGUCUAUGAGGGGCAACUUAUAGAGAAGGCUCGCGAAAAGGACACCCCCCUUCCGGAUUACCCCUUUUGUGUGCCUGAUGUUGAUUGCGUCGUCGACUGUGAACCUGCCACUGUACAUAUCAUGACAAAAUGGAACCAUGGGAUCGUCACACCAGCCUUGGAUGCCGUUAGGGACACCUUUCACCCGUGCAUGUGGAUACCACGGCCAAUGAAGAAGGAUAUUAAGAAGGGAAAUGGAACCAAGGGGAAAAAGUCAAACAGCAACGCUGUAUCGCGAAGGUUGAAAGGUGCAGACGGAGGUGCCAUGUCUUCGUGGCCAUCGCACGAGGCAACUACUGGAGAAAUGCUUCCCAAGGAUUACAAGACGUAUACCAAAUGGGAUAGCAGAAAUGCUAUAAACCAAAAGAUGUUGCAUAAAGAUGGUACAUGGAGAAGAGGAAUGUCCAAAAAGAACAACGCGAUGCCCAUCCGACAAGUUUACACCUACUGUGUCAACUUUGGGUGUCGGUAUGGCUGUAUCCUCUCGACUGGCGAAGCCUUCAUAUUUCGUAUAAGGCCUCGAGCGCCAAACAACAACCUCUCCCCGGAAGGUUCCAGCAGUGACCAAAUCAUAAGGCAGCAAUUGAUUAAGGACGGGCUCUUGGAAUAUGUGUCUAUCCCGUGGGAUAACAACAACGGUGGGAACCCAGAAGACUAUAAGAGUCUAACAGUGAAUUUGGGGCUAUGGUUCAUUCACGUUUUGGCUGGGAACCACUACCGAGUCGGCUGGGAGUAUCCCCCAUUAGAGAAUGAAGCUCUUCUCACAAAACCCCCUGUUGCAACCGCCGAACCCGUGACGCCCGCAAGCGAACCAAGAAUUCAACCACGACAAAGCAGCAAAAAGAGGUCACGCUUCUUCAACAAUGUCUCCACACCUACCAAGCGUAGACGAAGUGAGAGGCUGAAAGAUAGCCCGGGAUAUUCUGUAUCAUUUUCCACAGAGCUUCCUUUUCAAAUCGAGUCUGAUCACGACUCCUCUAAUGAGAGUACCACUGACGACACUGAACAGAGUUCGGCUUCAGACACAGAGUGCUAA